AUGACUAAUUAUCGUUUUUGGGAUCAUGAACCUGCCAAGUUUGUGGCGGCCUAUAUUAUCUCUGGUCUCCUUGCCAUUCUGAUUCCAGGAAUCAACCAUGCCAAAUCGGUGAAACGAUACCAGAAUUCGUACUACUACCAAUACAACAACCAGUACGACGACCAGGACCAAAAUGGCAGUGGUGAUCUCCCUUCGUGGUUUUCUGGAUGGAACGGCAACGCCUACGUCAGCGGGGACAGCCAAGAUGGCAGUAGCGCCAAUUCUGGAGCAAUCAAGUUUGUCUACACGUGGGAGUUGCUCAUGUUCUUGGGAUUGCUGGCGUAUGGAGGCAUGGUCUUGUUCAAGUUCAGGGGUCCACUGGCACAAUCUCGCAUGGCCUUGUGGUCCCUCUUUGUCUUGAUCUUUGUAUGGGCCAACUUUGCCUUUAUGACCAUGUGGCUCGUGGCAAACGGAUCCAUCUACACGGACGGAAGAGAGAUGGAAGAAGUUGGAGGCUUCUACAAUCAGUUUAGUGUUUUGCUCUUUGUGACUAACUUUUGGUAUUUGAUGUGGUCCAUUUGUUUUUGCAUUGCUUUGGGGGUCAGAAUCUUCCGAAAGGCAGGAGAAGAAGUUAUCAAUGAAACCAAAAAGCCCGGCGAUAGCAUGAACUAUUUGCCGUACUCUGAACCCAGUGUCACUGCCACCGGCGUCAGCACCCUAUCACUUCCACUAUCUUCGACAGGGGCACCAGCACCAGCACCAGCACCCAAGAGCUCGUGGUGGUAA